AUGGAAUUUUCUCUAGAGGAGGUAGUUCAUAAUUCAUAAGUACAGUUUUUAGAAUUCACUUUGACAAAUAAGUUAACUAUUCCAACCUAACAUAUAUGUGUCAGUUUGAAUGUAACUGUUUUUUGUUUUUCCAACAAGACAAAUGAAUCCUUUUCCCAAAAUAUCAGUAGUCGGAUCUGGCCCUGCUGGAUUUUAUGCUGCACAAUUACUGUUAAAGAAACUCAAGAAAUGUGAAAUUGAUAUUUACGAGAGAUUACCUGUUCCAUUUGGUCUAGUAAGAUUUGGCGUUGCCCCAGAUCACCCUGAAGUGAAAAACGUUGAGAAUACAUUCACAAAAAUUGCUGAACAUCCUAGUGUACGGUUUUUGGGAAAUGUUUCCCUUGGUCAAAAUAUUAGCAUCGGAGACCUGAAAAAGGCCUACCAUAUUGUCAUCUUGGCCUAUGGUGCAGAGAAGAGCCGAAAUCUCGGAAUACCCGGAGAAAACUUCCAUAAUAUUUUAUCCGCACGAAGAAUUGUAGGCUGGUAUAAUGGUGUUCCUUGGGAUAAAAAUAUUCCUAUUGAUCUUAAUACCAGUGAGGCAGUUAUUUUUGGUCAAGGAAAUGUAGCUAUUGAUGUUGCCAGAAUAUUACUAACACCAGUAGAUGAACUUAAGAAAACAGAUAUCACACAACAUUCAUUGGAGGCUUUAUCUGAGUCUAAAAUUAAAACUGUCCAUCUGAUUGGAAGAAGAGGACCUCUACAAGCUGCUUUCACAAUCAAAGAGUUACGAGAAAUGAUUAGAUUGGAGAAUUGCAGAACAGAAUGGAAACUCGAUGAUUUUAAAGGGGUUGCAGAAGUAAUUAACAGUCUUUCAAGACCUAAGAAAAGAAUAAGUGAAUUGAUGCUAAAAUCACUGACAGACGGUAGUAACGAAAUUUGUGAAAAAAAAUUUAAGCCUAUAUUUUUCAAAACGCCUUUAGAAUUUAUAGGAAAUAAUCUAAAAGUUAGUAAAGUAAGACUAGGUACCAAUAUUUUAGAAGGUGAAAAUAUAAAUAAUCAAAAAGCUAUCCUAACAGACUUACAUGAGACUAUUGAUUGUGGUUUGGGAAUAAUAAGUAUUGGAUAUAAAUCUACAUCUAUUGAUGAAAGUUUAGAAUUUGAUAACAGGUUAGGUAUUCUUAAAAAUAAUUUUGGUAAAAUUGGAAACGGUCUUUAUGCAACUGGUUGGGUAGCAACAGGUCCUAGUGGGGUUAUAUUGAAUACAAUGAACAAUAGUUUUGGUGUUGCUGAAACGAUUUUGAAAGAUAUUGAAAAUGAUUCAACAUUGAUUCAAGAAAGUAAACCAGGAUUUAACUAUAUAAACUCUAUAUUGAAUAAACAACUAAUUCAGGUGGUGUCCUGGAACGAUUGGUUGAAGAUCAAUCAAUUCGAGAUUGCUACUGGAAAAAAAAUUGGAAAACCAAGAGAGAAACUUGUAGAUAUCAAAAAAAUGUUAGAGAUAGCAUCCUGAAAUUUAUCAAACUUUUUCUCUCUCUUCAAGAAUUAAUCUCUAUAAUUGUAAAGAACUCAACAACAAAGCAGGUGGUGCUCUCAAAGCUUUGGUACAAGAAAAAAAAUUUUUUUAGCACAUCUCUUCGAAUUUCAAUUGAUUCAUCAACCUACAGAUUGAAAAUUAUUAUAUCUAUAAAUUUUUUACAUCAUAAUGGGUAUUAUUUUUGUAGAAUUCUACUUUGUGUUUUCCCUUCAAGCAAUUUCAUUUUAACUUCUUUUGUGAAAAGUCUUUCUCGAUGUAAUUGUUCUUUGACCCUCCGAGGCAUUUCAUCUACAAAAUAGUAAAUUCCACCUAUGAUCAUGAGAAUCACGUUCUGAAAUGAAAAUUUGAGCAAUGGGGAAAGAUAAGAUUCUAUCAAAUACAAAUACCUCAAAAAUUAUGACGAAUGUGAAUUUCCAUGUAUGCACCAAGAAAUAAGAGUCAGUUUUUCUGUAUUUCUUUGGAUGAUCAGGAGGGUAUCUAUAACCAUAAUAAACACAUUCUGUAAUAUUUUUGAUGGAGUUCUGUUGAGCUUUGGGUAAAUCCGAAACUGCAAAUCCUAUAGAAAAAUGGAAAUUAUAUUUAUUCAUUAUAAAUCAAAUAAAUUUAUUAUUAUUA